ACUUUUGUAAGCGAGUUUUGAACACCAUCUGAUCACAAAUUCCAAAUCCUAAUUCCUAAAAGGCUCGCAGGUUUUGGAAACCUCCCAUUGUAAGCGUAUGCUAUUUAGUCGUCUCUACCCAAUUUCCUUUCUUUAUUUCUUUCUUUCGGACUAAUGCUGAAGAAGAAGAGCAACAACAACGACAACUAUUACUCCACCAUAUAUUCCCUCACCAUCUGAUUUCCUCCACAUCACCAUAACACCAAUUCCCAAAAUCCCAUAUCACAAUUUUUCACCCAAAAACAAAUAAAAUAAUAAGCCCCUUAAUUUCACAAUUUCGAAAUUUCAUAUGUGAAAUUGAAAACCCUAGCGACGUCCUCGUUCCUUCGCGGUCUUCUGAACCACCACCACCAACGACGCCACACCAGUCGCGUCUCCAGAACCAGUCCGUAACCCACCACGAACGACGAACGCCAACGUCACCCAAGCCUCUGCACGAACGACGAACGACACCCGAGCUCCAGAACCACCACGAACGACACCACAGCGAGCCACAGGCUGCUGAGUUCUCAGUUUUGGUUCUGGAAUCUCAGCUGCCAUCUUCGGUCAGUUUAUCUCUCGGCCUUUGCUGGUUCAAGCUUCCCUCUUGGCCUCGAGCUAAUUUUUUCUCUCUCUGUCUCGGAGGUACUGUCGCAGCCUCAGCUGGUGUUGUGCAUAUUGUGAAUAAUUAUAAUGGUGAAGGGGGAAGUGGAAGAGGGAAAACAUAAGUCAAGGAGAGAAGAAUCCGAUGAUUCAAGGAGUCGUCGUCGGGAUAAGGACAGGAAUGGAGAGCGGCACAGGGAUAGGGAUAAGAGGGACCGUGAUAGUCGGCGUUCUGAGAGAGAAAGGAGUUCUGAUUCUGAUGAGAGGCAUGAAAGAGAUAGGGAGAAGGAGAGGCAUAAAGAUAGGACACACAGUCGGGAUGAUGAAAGAGAAAGAAGUAGAGGCAAGAAAAGGGAUAGAGAUAGGGAUAGAGAUAGAGAAGAUAGGGAAAGGGACAAGGAGAAGAGGGAACGGACAAGGGAGAAAGAAAGGGAGAGGGAAAAAGAAAGAGAAAGAGACAAAGAGAAAAGGGAAGAUCGAGAAAGAGAGCGGAAGGAGCGGGAGAGAGAAAGAGAGAGGAGGAUUCGUGAAAGAGAGAAGCGGCGGGAAGUUGAUAGUGAUGAUAGCAAUGAUGGUAUCAGGGAACGGGAGAAGAAGCGACGUAGGAGAGAUGAUGAUGACUACAAGGAGAGAGAGCGUGAACACAGCAGCAGCAGGCCCAGCAGGCAUAAGGAUGACAGUGACGAUAGUCCCAGGAAGAGGAGUAUUGAGGAUGGUUUGGAUAACAAAGAGAAGCAGCCAAACCAUGAGGAGGAGUUAGAGGAUGAACAGCGUAGGUUGGACGAAGAAAUGGAAAAGCGGAGGAGGAGAGUACAGGAGUGGCAAGAGUUGAGGAGAAAGAAAGAAGAAGCUGAAAGACAGAAGCAUGGGGAACCGGAUGCUAAUGAACUCAAGUCUGGUAAAACGUGGACCCUUGAAGGUGAAUCUGAUGAUGAAGAAGUACCCUUGACUACUGACAAACCAGAGACAGGAAUGGAAAUUGAUGUGGAAGCCAAUAAUAAUGAUAAAGAAGUAAGAGAUGCAAUGGCCGUAGAUUCAGAGAAUAGAAGUGCUCCAUCUUCACUGCAGAAUGGAGACGCUUCUGCUGAUGGGGAUGAGGAAAUUGAUCCAUUAGAUGCUUUUAUGAAUUCUAUGGUUUUACCUGAAGUUGAGAAACUUAAUAAUGCUGUGGACCCUUUGAUUAUUGUUGAUGGUACUUCAGGGUCAAAGGACAAGGAUAAUAUGGUUGAUAAAAGUCAUACUGGACAACCAAGGAAAGUUUCAAAUAAAUCUAUGGGACGAAUAAUUCCUGGGGAGGAUUCUGAUUCAGAUUAUGGGGACCACGAGAAUGAAGAUGAUGCUGUAGAAGAUGAAGAUGAUGAUGAAUUCAUGAAAAGAGUUAAGAAGACAAAAGCUGAGAAGCUUUCAAUAGUUGAUCACUCAAAGAUUGAUUAUAAACCAUUUAGGAAAAAUUUCUAUAUCGAAGUAAGGGAGAUAUCAAGAAUGACUUCAGAAGAGGUUGCUGCAUACCGUAAACAAUUGGAAUUGAAGAUACAUGGUAAGGAUGUGCCAAAGCCAGUUAAAUCCUGGCACCAAACUGGACUUACGAGCAAAAUUUUGGAGACAAUAAAGAAGCUUAACUAUGAAAAGCCAAUGCCAAUUCAAGCCCAAGCAGUACCCAUAAUUAUGAGCGGUCGAGAUUGCAUUGGUGUUGCAAAAACUGGCUCAGGCAAAACCCUUGCAUUUGUGCUGCCAAUGCUGAGGCAUAUCAAGGACCAGCCACCUGUAGUUGCUGGAGAUGGACCUAUUGGGCUUAUAAUGGCACCUACAAGGGAGCUUGUCCAGCAGAUUCACAGUGAUAUAAAGAAGUUUUCCAAGGUCUUGGGUCUUAGGUGUGUGCCUGUAUAUGGUGGUUCCGGUGUUGCCCAACAGAUUAGUGAACUGAAGCGGGGUGCUGAAAUUGUUGUCUGUACUCCAGGCAGGAUGAUUGAUAUACUUUGCACAAGUGGUGGGAAAAUUACUAAUCUACGACGGGUCACUUACUUGGUCAUGGAUGAAGCUGAUCGGAUGUUUGACAUGGGUUUUGAACCGCAAAUCACCAGAAUUGUUCAAAAUAUUCGCCCUGAUCGACAAACUGUUCUCUUUUCUGCCACUUUCCCUCGUCAAGUUGAAAUCUUGGCUCGUAAGGUGUUAAACAAACCUGUGGAAAUACAGGUUGGUGGGAGGAGUGUUGUGAAUAAGGACAUAGCACAGCUGGUUGAAGUGAGGCCAGAAAAUGAAAGGUUCUUAAGAUUGUUAGAACUGCUUGGGGAAUGGUACGAGAAAGGGAAAAUUUUGAUAUUUGUCCAUUCACAGGAAAAAUGCGAUGCUUUGUUCAGGGAUCUACUCAGGCAUGGUUACCCAUGCCUUUCACUUCAUGGUGCUAAGGAUCAAACAGAUCGUGAGUCGACUAUUUCUGAUUUUAAAAGUAAUGUCUGUAAUUUGUUAAUUGCAACAAGUAUUGCUGCCAGAGGUUUAGAUGUCAAGGAGCUUGAACUGGUGAUCAAUUUCGAUGUUCCAAAUCACUAUGAGGAUUAUGUUCACCGUGUUGGUCGGACAGGCCGAGCUGGCCGUAAAGGGUAUGCUAUAACAUUUAUCUCUGAAGAAGAUGCUAGAUAUGCUCCAGAUCUAGUGAAAGCAUUAGAACUCUCUGACCAAGUUGUUCCUGAUGACCUAAAAGCUCUUGCUGAUAGUUUCAUGGCAAAAGUGAACCAAGGACUUGAGCAAGCUCAUGGGACUGGUUAUGGUGGAAGUGGUUUUAAGUUUAAUGAAGAGGAAGAUGAAGUGAGGAGAGCAGCUAAGAAAGCACAGGCCAAAGAAUAUGGAUUUGAGGAAGACAAGUCAGAUUCUGAAGAUGAAGAUGAAGGUAUCCGGAAAGCGGGGGGUGACAUCUCACAGCAAGCUGCCCUUGCUCAGAUAGCUGCCAUUGCUGCUGCCUCCAAAUCAAGUACACCAUCACUGCCAACUCCUAUAUCUGCUGCCCAACUGCUUCCAAAUGGCGGACUACCUGCAUCACUGCCAGGUGUCCUUGGUCUAACAAUACCAGGAACUGCUGCUGUUGUGCCUGGAAGUGGGCUGCCUGUUCUUCCCAACGAUGGGGCAGCCCGGGCAGCAGCAAUUGCAGCUGCCAUGAACUUGCAGCAUAAUCUGGCAAAGAUUCAAGCUGAUGCAAUGCCUGAACACUAUGAAGCAGAGCUUGAGAUAAACGAUUUUCCCCAAAAUGCUCGAUGGAAAGUCACCCACAAGGAAACUUUGGGUCCUAUAUCAGAGUGGACUGGGGCUGCCAUUACUACCAGGGGGCAGUAUUUCCCACCAGGCAAAAUCACUGGACCAGGAGAACGCAAACUCUACUUGUUCAUUGAGGGCCCUACGGAACAGUCGGUGAAGAGAGCAAAAGCAGAAUUAAAACGUGUAUUGGAAGACAUCACAAACCAGGCCUUGUCACUUCCUGGUGGAACGCAGCCAGGGAAAUACUCAGUUUUUUAAAUGUAAGAGCUUUAUUCAACUUAUUGUAGAUAUAUAUGCCAUUGCCUACUUUUGCUGGAGAUAGGCUGAUUUCUCCGGUAGUUUCUUGUGUGUUUUUUAGGUUCUUUAUGCCCACUUGUCUCCUUGUUGGGUAAUACAAGUUUUCUACAUGGUUUAUGCUUGUCUACCUGGUCUACUUUAUUCGAGUGUUCAGAUUUACUUUUCUAUAUCUAGAAAUGCAAACUCAUUUAUCUUCUUCCCUAGUCUGGUUAAAGCUUGAGUAAUUUAUUUUUAAAAAUCUUUUUAUUUUUUUCCUUGAGUUAAUAGUUCUGAUUUGUUGGUGCUUGUUGGGGCUUGGGACACCUAGAGAAUAAAACAAAGCUUUGUGAUCAUAUGUAAAGAACAUGUUAUCUGCUUGUCUUUUCCUUUUUCUAGCGUGAUUUAGAAUUUACGGAUUAUCAGUCCUUAAUUUUUUCUCGAAUAGUGGGGAAAGCCUUUUAUUUUCUUGAGACAUACCUUUUUCCUGUACCUUUCCCUUCUUUUUUUAACAUCUUGGAGUAGCAGUAAAUAUUGUAAAGUUUGUGUCCAUUUUACACAAAUUUUAGGCCCUUUUUGAUUUUUUGUUUCUUUUUGUUUAUUGCUUUCAAUGGCAUGAGGGAUGUUUUAAGCAACAUGCUCGCAUGUUCAAAUUUGUCUCUGCCCAUCGCUUUGCUGUCAUGGUCUCCCUAGAGAUGCAGUCAUGAUUAAGAACCAACAGGUUGCUACAUAAAUACAGACUUUUAAGAGGUCAAGGAGACUACAGGAAUAUUAAAUUGAAGAGUAUGGCUACAAGGGUAAGGUUUGCCAUCUCUGCACUACUUUAAAGAGAAGAGGAGCAAUGCCAACUCUGACUAAUAAUAGGAGGAAAUCUUCUUGAAGGUUUGAAAGGGUCGGUUAUGCGGAAAUCUAUUAUUUUGGCGUCAUUGUUGCUCAAUAUGUUGCCCUGCCACUUACAAGUAUGUUGAUUAUUAAGGGGGCAAUUAGAUUAGGAAUGGUGUAGUCGGAUCUAUUGUACCAGUUUUUACUUAUGCAAUAUGCACUUCCACCAGCUAUGAAGUAUGACCAUAAGGAAACAUUACUCAAUUGUUUGGAGCUGGAGAGAGUGAAUGUUCAGUUAUCAUGCUCUGGUCGUAUGCCUUGGCUUCAAUUUCGCUUACUUUGUGGUACACCUUCUUCAUGUGGCUUAUGGUCUGAAGAAUUUUUGUAACUCCGCCACUAAUGUUUAUUUUUUCUAUUGAAAAAAUCUUUUAGUCUGAUUUUUCCUAUCAGAGAAUUACCAAUUAAUUAUAACAUAUUUAACACAACUGCUAGAUUUAUGCAAUGUGGAAUGAGCAGAACAAUUUUUUUCUUGUUUA